AUGUCGCCGGCGAAGGAAGAUGAACUACACCCCGCCGAACCACAAACACCACGGCGGACCUCGACUGCCAAACAUGGCAAUGCGACGACGCCAACAAAUAAGCGGGCCCCUGCCCAUGACCCUGCGACGCCCAAAAGCGCCCCCGCUACCGCCGGGAAUGCCUCAUCGCACAAGAAGAAGGCCGAGCCGAGCCUGCUAGGCGACUUCUUCCUCGGCCGCCCUUCACCGGCGCGCGUGGCGGCCCAGCGGGAGGCGAUCAAGCAGCGCCGGAAAAGCAUGGCGGCCGAUGCGGCGAACGUUCGGGAGGAACUGCGCCAGGAGAUGCGCGCCGCGGCGGUGCGGAGGCUUCAACAUCCGGGAGGCGUGACGGACCGAGUAAAGGCGUGGCAGAAGGCGAAUGCGACAGCUAUGAAGCAGCUGGGAGGUGGGAUACCGCAUGCUGAGGAUGUGGCGACCGAGCCGACCGAAGUCGCCGUCCACAUAGCGCCCGAGAGCGUCACGGAGGAGGAUCGGGUGCGCAUCAAGAUGCGGCAGAAACCGAAGAAGAAGAAAACCAAGGUCGAGAGGAUUGAGGAUAAGGAGAACCAGGACGGCGGAGGAGGUGAAGAGACGGAGCCGGAGAAACCGGUGGCGCCCAAACCAAACGCCGCAUCCCGGGGACCGCCAGUAGUAGUCAAGCUGGCUCCAAAGAAGAGAAUCGUGAGUGACGACAAUUGGAUGAAGCGCAGGAAAGGAAGAAGUCCACCUCGAGACAGCUCACCGAAACCGAAAGUCGAGCCAGCCCCGAUGCCGCUACCCAAGGACUUCUUACAGAAAACAGCACGGAAUCCGACCGUGCAAAGCAAAAUCAAAGAUUGGGCGCAGAGGGUGGAAAUGCCCGAAUCUAACAAGGCGCUCCCGGUAAAAGAAUAUCGGCACAGGAAGGCCGGCGCCACGGUCGCCGUCGAGGAAGACGCUCCUGAGUUAGUAGCAUCAGCCCCUGAGAUCAAAGCGUCGCCAAAACAUCCAGUCGACGACGCCAUUCGGGUGACUCCUGUGAGGAAGAAAGAGCAGCCAGACGACGGAAUCCGGGUGCGGCCCAUAGACACCAGCAUUCUAGAUGAUGGAAUUAGGGUUCGGCCGAUUGACAGCCCGGCACCAAAGGACGACGGCAUUAGAGUCCGUCCAUGCCACCGCACGCCCGAAGAGGUAGCAGCCCGGCCUACAUCGUCCAGGCUUACAUCGGCUGAGCGGAGCUUCAGAGCACCAAGCCCAGCACGAGCUCAGCCUGGGGAUGACGUGAUCGAGGUCAUCGAGGAUCCCGAAACCGAGAUCGAGACUCCCACGAAACGCAAGGCCUCUCGACGGCGUGCGAGGCGACAAAGCCGUAGCCCCAGUCCUGUUGUGCGGACGGUGGUCCCUGCUGGCGAUCAGCACCCAAAAUCCGAGACAGCGGGCCACAUUCCUUCACAGCCUUGUUCCGAUGACGAAUCUGAGAUGAUCCCCCCCACUGUCCUAGGGGACAAGUCGUUGGCGGAUAUUCCGUUUGGGUAUUCGGCUUUUAGUGAGCUUGACCUGCCUCUCGGUGCGGACGCACGGAACAGCGGCACAAAGAGACCGAAGACGCAGCGAAACCCCAGCUUCAAAGCGGUGCCCAAGGUGUUCAAGAAAGUUGUGAUCGGCGCGAAGGACAUCAUUCAAGAGAUGGCUGAACCCCCGCGGCUUGUUGUGGCUAAUCAACCCCGAAACAUAGAGGCAUGGCUGAACGAUACAGUUGAUCCAUUCGUGGACUCCGCCCCCAAGGAAGCAACCGCGGAGAGCCCCGUGCAGAGAGCACCAGUUCAGGAAAGGGCACCAACCCCUGAACUACAAGCGCCGGCCACGGUCAGCCAGAAGCAGCCGUCACCACAGCCAGCAUCUGAAACGCGGCCGAGGGAGUCUGUCGCCUCCCCUCCGUCGAAACAGGCUGCUCCUCAAGAUCAAGAGAACACGGAUUCCCAACCAGAAGAUAGUGAUGCGACGCCCAAAAACACAAAAUCUCCUGCUCAUCCGUCGACUGGGCUGAGAAGGAGGCGGGCAACUAGGGUCGCUGCGUCUCCGGCGAAGUCGGGCGGCAGAAAGCCCUUCCGGGAGCUGUUGAGAGAAGCGUUCCGGGGCGAGUCUGUUGGCCAUAAACUCCCGCCUACCGUUUACCCCAGCUGUGAGGCCGACAACGAUGCAGACAGAGGUUAUGAAGAGGAUGACUAUGAGUCGAGGGAAGGGCGUCGCCCCUCCUCAGAGCCGAGCAGAGGGCCUGCUUUAUCAGACUACUCCUCUACAUACUACGCAUCCACUUACGACUCGAGCUUGUCCUCCGACCUCUCAAGCCAAGGGCAUCCGCGCAGGAGACCACCCACAAACGGCGUUCAUGAGCUCUCCACGAUCGUAUCGGAGGAAUCCAGCAGCACGGUCGGCUCCGAUGCACACGAUGCACACUCCGAUGUCUCUCAAACAACUGUCACCCAGACCACCGCGUUCACUAAGACUAGUGAAGUCUCAGGACAGAGAAGCCAGAAAACAAGCCUUAAACGUCGUCUCACCAAACACUCGGACCUUGUAUCCGUGCUUUCCCUGCCUGAUAAUGGCCAGUUGGUCCCGCCGAGCCGGUCAAGAAGCAUCAGGUCCUCACGCAGCCUCCACCGCAGGCCUAGCAGGGCGAACAAGAGCAGAGUGGAUGAUUUGCUCGAUGAGUUCGCUGACGAUGAGCAUAUUUACGGAAGGGAGUUGAAGGCUCUCGUCGAUGGCGUCAUUCCAGUCCUUCUGAGGGAUGUCGUGAACGGUGAUGCCAGGGAUGCCAAGCCUGACACCACGGCCAAGUCAGUGGUCAACAUGGGAAUGGCACUCGAGAAGCUGAGGGACUAUCAUAAGCGGGUUCCCCUCUCAGAUCUCUCCGACCUCCUCUUCUGGCUCAACGAUGUCUCGCCGGUUUAUGAUCAUUACCUGGAUGUCUGGCGGCUUGGCUUCCAGGGGCUGAUCAUCAACCUUGCGCCAAGACAUGGCCGGUUCGAUGAUGGUGACUCCCUUUUGAACGCACUUCCUCUGAAUGAGGAGGGCGAUAUAGUUGGGGAGGACGGCGAAAGGGUGGAUGUCGCAUUCCUUCUCAAGCGACCUCUGAUCAGGGUGAAGUGGAUGGUCAAGUUUCUCAAAGCGGCAGUGGCAGUCACAGAAGGUCAAGAAGCGGAGCGGCUUCUGUCAGUCUUCACGGGUCUUCAGGAGAAGGCCCGCAAGCGGCACCGAGAAGAAUCCGCCCGCAUGAUGGAUGAGGACGCCAACAACACGGACACCUCCCGAUGUCGGGAUCUUCGCAAUCUCUCGCCCCUUGAUGGUGUCAUGAUUAACAGCAUACGCCAAGUCGCUGCGUUGGACGUCUUCUCCCUUGAUUUGCGCCAUUCAAGUGGGCAGCGACUGGAGUGCCAGGUUGAAAUGAUCUUCAGGGACAACCCGCCGGUCCCUGAAGACAAGGGCGAUAUCCUCAUUCGCGAGAUCGGAAACGGUGCCCGGUCAUAUCUGCUCUUCCCUCCGGUGCCAAGGCAGUACAUUUCUUCCAGGCUCGGCGAGGAUGAUGAUUCUUUGAUCGUUAUGAUACGCGGUAGUCACAAUGGGGAAGAGUGGUUCGAGCUUCUCACGCUAUUCACGAACAACGAUGAGCAGAUCGAUUACUGGCUGCGCGUCCUGGGGAGCCAUCCGAUGCCGCCCACUAUCCCAAGAAAGCCGGCGAAUAUGACGCUGGAGACGGGGUCGCCGCGAUCGGGUGGGACGGAUGUUCCAGUUGGCGAGCGCAAACCAAGCAGUUCUAGCUUGGUAUCUUCGGAUACCAGGAGACCGAGGACGCCGUCCCGGUAUCACACACGGCAGUAUAAUGGCAUCUCGUCGCCGGAACCUUACGCCGAUGUGUCUUCGGACAGGACUCCUAGCAGACAUGACCAUGCCCAAGACCGGUCUGAAGACGAUGAGUGGUCGCCUUCAUGGGAACAUCCUUCUGGCAACAAUCUCCCCAAGAUCGUGAGACCGCCGCCCAACACAACCCCGUUUCGCGAGGACGGCGCCCCUCCUCCGCCCAUUCACCGCACCCUUGGCCCCAUAAGCCCUAACCUGCUGUCUCCUCCCGCGGAAGUUGGUCCACAUGCCCGGAUUAAGCGUCGAAUGUCGUCUCCUCUGAAGCACGAGUAUCAUCCAUCCGACAUAUCGUCUGACAGCUCCAGCGCCCUGAGCGAUGAUGAUUCUGAGUCUUCCGACAUGUCGAGCGACGAUCUGGACGAAGACGAAGUACCCGAAACCAUUCCGGGUUACAGCAUCAAGGAACCUGAGGUUGCGCCAAUCGAAUCGAUCGUUUCGGAAAACAGUAUUACACCAUCCAACUCGGCUUCACAAGUGGAACUCGGAGGCCAGGACGAGCCCAAGGCAAACGGACCAGUGCAGAAGUUCGCCGCAACCGUAUCGUAUUGGUCCAGCAGGAAAGGGAUUUGGAGGGAAAUCAAUAGCGGCCAGCCCGCGUCCAUCAUCAUCCACCCGGGCUGCCUGGAGGUGCACCACCUCGGCGAGCAGCACUACAAUCGCCAAGCAUACCCACUGCAGUCGUCGGGCACAUCCGAAGUGGACAACAGCAACAAGGAUGCUGGGACCAUCGUGCCACUCGUGGUACUAAUCCUGACUCCCGUGGUUAUGAUCCGCCGCAGUAACGCGUUGGAUCUCGAGGUCCGCAGCCCGGCGUCCCCCGAAGCUCGGUUGAAGAUUGAGGCAAGCAUGUUCCGGUUCCGCUCGGCAACACCAAUCGAGGCCAAGGACCUCUACGAGGCCGUUCACAUCAGCCGUCUGAACAAUGCUAGAUACAUCCAGCUCAGCGAAGAGGCACGUGUGAGGUCGUUCGGUCAGAUGCAGGCCGCACCGGGUGACGGCAGCGCAGACGGCGACAGCUCCAGCCGCCGACGGAGCUGGUUUGGACGCAGGAACAGCUACCGGGCCUCCACCCGCGCGCCCAGCGUAUCCCAGGGCAGCGUUUCCACCACCAUCUCAGCAGGCAGCUUCCUCCGGCGCUUGAUGGGCGGCGGCCACAACAACUCGUACAACAUCGAUGAGUCCACCGUCGACAAACAGCAACCCGGGCCCGGCGGCGGAAGUUUCUACACGUCUAGUUCCGGCUCGGGAUCGGGCUCGGGCUCGUCCACCCCGCCGCGCAGCGCGUCCAUCUCCCUCUCCAACUCAGGCAGCCACAGCCGAUGGAGCUACGGCCUCGCCAAGCCCUUCUCGCCCGACCAACCGCUCGAGAUCCGCUGCCAUUUGAACGUCCAAAACAACCGAUGGCUCGACAAGGGCGACUGCAUCUUGCACAUCAGCCGCCCGCCGCCAGGCGUACGUCAAGAGCUGCCCCUGUACCACGGCCUCGAGAAGCGCGUCAUUGUCACGCACGCGACCAAGAAGACGGGCGACCGCCCGCUGAUUCUGCUCGACGCCGUACUCGGGUCCAAGUGUUUUAGCCUGCUGGGCACCAAGGGGGUCAUGUGUAGCGUGUGGGAGGAAGCCAGGGACGAGGAGGGCAAUGUCGGGGUCGUUCCGAGGAGCGGGGCGGUCGGGGGGAAGGUGACCAAGUGGUGCUUCCAGUGCAAGAGCGUGCAGCAAGCGGCGUGCAUCAUGGGCAUGCUUACGUCCGAGGUGCCGGGGUUGAUGAUGCGUUAG